CCGGUGCCUGCUUCUGUCCAUGCAAUCACGCGCACUGACAAAAUCCAACCGCUUCGAUUUCGCCACGUGUACAUCCAGACAAGACAUUUUCAUCACCACCCCCAACACACCUCCUCCCUCCUUUUUAGUCUCCAUCCACGGCGACGUCCAUCAAGGUUUCGGCGAUGGACGGCAAGACGGCGCCGGCGGAGAUGGGCAUCCAGAUGCCGGGGACGAAGCAGGCGGACACUGUCACGAUGAGUGGGCCACUCAUCCGAGGGCAGCGUUCUCCGAUGAUGAAUUCGCGGAGCCGAGAAAUGACGGGGUUUGCGGUGAGGGUGGCGUGCUUGGCGUCAUCGCUGGUGUCGCUCUGUCUCAUGGUCACGGCGGAGCAGCACGGCGAGAUCGAACUCUACGGCCUCCGGCUCCCGCUCCACUCCAAGUGGUCCUUCUCCGACUCUCUAGAGUACUUGGUGGGGAUAUCUGCGGCCGUGGCGGCGCAUUCAGUGCUGCAGCUAGCGCUGAGCGGAAGGAGGAUGCUGAAGAUGGUGCCUGUGAUCCCUUCUCGUAGCCACGCUUGGGCUUUGUUCGCUGGAGAUCAGGUGUUUGCAUAUGCGAUGAUGAGCGCGGGCUCAGCUGCAACAGGGGUGACAAACCUGAACCGAACUGGGAUACGGCAUUCAGCCCUCCCAGACUUCUGCAAACCCCUUCAUCGUUUCUGUGAUCGAAUGGCAAUCUCCCUCACCUUCGCCUUUAUCAGUUGCCUGUUUCUAGCCGUCUCUGCUGUUAUUGAUGUGCUUUGGUUGUCAAACUACUGAAUUUCUUCAGCUUGUUUCUUUAUAUAGAAAACAGUCUUUCAUGUAGCCUGGUUUUGUCUAUCUGAUGUAAUGUGGCAACUUCUGUGAAUGGUUGGUGUUUAUUUCUGUCUCA